GGUGAUAUCUACAUAAAUGAUGGGAAUAGUAAAAUUAUUGAAAGAAAUAUAUUUUAUAAUAGUGGUAUCGUAUAUGGUAUUGACAGAGUGUUGGAACUACCAAGCAUUGGUGGAAGAUGUGAUGUUAUAACUAAUACAACAGAAAUGAGUCGAUGUUACAAUUGUAGGUAUCGUACUUCCUGUCCAGCUGGAGCCAAACCAUCAGGCCCAAUAUUUCAUGAUUGUAGGUAUUCUAUAGGCUGGUACGAGAUAUCAGGUGGUUGCCGACAACAAUGUGUUACUAGGCAUGUUGUUUCACGGUGUUGUGCAAAUCAUUUUGGGCCAGACUGUAGAGAAUGUCCUGGUGGCAGUCGUAAUCCUUGUAAUGGUCAUGGUACAUGUAAUGAUGGUUACGCUAAUAGCGGACAUUGUUCAUGCUCUAGUGGUUUCACUGGUGACGCUUGUGAGAUGUGUCAAGCUGGUCGGUUUGGUCCUCAGUGCCAAGAAUGUCAGUGUUCAGAAUACGGUACUUGUCUGGACGGUAUGACUGGAGAUGGAUCAUGUUUCUGUCAUUAUGGUUGGACUGGUGCUAACUGUGACACCAUGUUAUCUAUCCCAUUACCUGUAUGUAAUCCUCCUUGUCACAGUGAUGCUGUGUGUAGACAAGAUAAUGUAUGUCAAUGCCAUCCACACUAUAGUGGCAACGGGAGAACAUGUACAGUGAUACAGCAAUGUGAGUUCAAAAACGGUGGUUGUAGUCAUCACGCUGACUGUCAACAAAUUAACACAACAAUACACUGCAGUUGCCAUGAAGACUAUACUGGAGAUGGUGUCAUGUGUAGAGGAGUGGAUCGCUGUGAAAUUGAUAAUGGUGGUUGUCAUAGAAAUGCAUCAUGUAGAUACACUGGGCCUAACUCCAAUUAUUGUAGUUGUAUAUAUCCAUACCAAGGUGAUGGGAUCGACUGUACUUUAUCUAUACCACCAAUACAACCCUGUGUUAAUGGAUUCAGCAGUGAAUGCUCAGAGAAUGCUUACUGUAAUUAUAUCCUUCCAUCAGAUGCUCUUCCAUAUGGAGAUGUCAGAUGUAUCUGUAAAUCAAACUAUAUUGGCAAUGGUACAAUGUGUAAUGGCAAUGUAUAUGAAACACUAGCCUCUAUUAGAUUUAUUAGUGAGUUUUUCAGG